GAUGAGAAGGUGCAAAAACAAUCACGGAAAGAAAAAAGAGAAGCUAAGCAGAAGCAAAAGGAAGCUGACGAGACUAGGCGCACAUUGCAUCAACUGACCCUGGCUGCAACAGCGAUGGCCACAAUAAAAACAGAACAAGAAAGCCAUAAACGUAGUGUGACACCGUCUUCCCCAAAGCUCCCUCUUCCAGGACUUUACCCCUCCCUUCCAGUAGGGACAGAUUCCUCCCCUGUACCCCCCCCCCCCCCCCUUACAAUUCACAGGAAAUGUAUCCAAUGUUGAAAAUAUGUGGAGAAAUCGCUUGCGACCUGGAGGAGGAAUUGACCCCCCAAGAAAAGCACCACAUAGUUUCCAUGUUGCGGGAAAGACGAACCAGGAUGGGUGAAGAAAGAGCAGACCCAUUCCAAGACCUCAUAAAUCUACAAGCAGAACCCCCCUCUGCUCCCCGGGUAAGUGCAGAUGAAAGCACAGAUGUUUAUCCUUCCCUUCACAGCUCUCCAGCUACACCUAGAGGAGCUGCCUCAAGGGUCACUGACCCCAAGGGCAAACAAUUCCUCCGCUGCUAUGAGGACAUGACUACACGUAAGGAGAAGGCUGUGGAGAGUUUGGCAGGUUAGUAUACAUCACCAGGUGAGUUCAAAAAAUAUCACAGAUUAAUUUUUCCAGAACAGGAUGUUGACAAAUAUGAGGAGGAAAAGGAGGAGAACGAUGACGACGAAUCACCUCCACACCAACCACGUCUCCUCACCUCAAAUCAGGAUUUGGAUAAGGUAAAAAGAGUGAAACACAGUAUGACUUUAAGAAGUGAAACUAAACAGCACAGGGACGCAAAACACAUGUUUCCUAUGAUAGCAACAGGAGCUGGUGUGCCUAUUUAUCAGCCACUCCCACUUAAGGAUGUUUCAACACUGGCUGAACGUUUACCACGUGUGUCAAAUGGAAGUCGCAAUUUCCUCCAGCAAUUAUGCACAGUUAUGCAAGGCCAUGUUCCCUGUAUGGGUGAUUUAAGACAGAUACUAGGUGUAACGGCCACAGUCACUGAGAUCCAGUCUAUUGAACAGCGUGCAGGUGUGCAGGACCACCCGGACUCCACUCUUUUAGUGGACGUUCAAGUUCCAGUUUUUACUGCAAUCAGAGAACUUUUUCCAGAUCCACAGAUUGCAGCACCAUCCAGCUUCCCCUACACUGAGCCAGCAGCAAUGAUGUGGCAGGCUCAGGCAUUCAGAGGCCGGGGCAGGAGAAGGGCUGCAUAUUUUGGAGGACGUGGACCACCCAGGAGACCCCCCCCAGCAGCAGCUGGAGAUGGAUGCUUCAUCUGUAGCGCUCCAGAUCAUUGGGUACAGAACUGCCCACAACGAGGUACCCAACAGCAACAUGCACAGUCUAGGGGCCGAGGGCGACCUGGACAGCCCCCACGACCGCUCCAAGCCCCUCCUCCACCGUGGAAAGAACCACAGGGGUGGCAAGUUGGACAAUACCACUAGGGGUGCCCAGGAGGCCAGAAACCAUUUGGUGAUGCAGGAGCCAUGGUCCCUUUCAAGCUCAGAGGUACUCCCAUGAUGGGACUGAUAGACACUGGUGCCACCUGUUCCUCUAUAAAUUGUCAGUUGCCUCCACCUGCUCUGACAAAUGAAAAUAUGAAUCUUGUUGGCUUCUCUGGGAAACCCCAAAACCUGCAAAAGACCAUUCCACUGACAUUUCAACUGGCUGGUCAGACGGUGGAACAUUCAUUUGUGCAUUCACCACAAACGCCUGUGAAUCUGUUGGGAAGGGACAUUCUUGUCAAAACAGGAGCCAGCAUCCUAUGUUCUGCAGAUGGGAUACAGAUCGCCUUCCCAAAUGGACAUGUUCUGGCUGGGUGCCAUGCCACACACUAUGAUGGACAGUGGUUGCUGCAGCCUCAAUCACAGACAACCCCCACGGCAGACAUCUAUUGGGCCCUGCUAGACCCCGAGUCUUCUGACACGCCAGGUGUGUUCCACGAAUUCCAGGUAUGGAAGCCAUGGAUUCUGUCUUUGAAGCCCUAUUUUCCGCCUCUGGAUGACCUGCACUGCACACUAUAUUAUGACAGAGAGGAUGAUCAACUAUAUCAGGAAGCAUUUCAUCAGGUAGAAGGCCACACGUGGCAUUUGAACUCCACUGAUAUAUAUAUCGGCCAUGAGGGUGUAGCAGCUCAUUGUGCAUUAACACAUUCACAAAUGCAAUGGUAUCGGAUGUCAAACACAGCGGUACCGCACAUUUCAUUAGCAUUAUCCCCUGGUCACGAGGCUCGGCAACUAGGGCCUAUGACAAAAAGGGGAGUUAACAACACAGAUUGGCAAAACUGUGCUCUUCCAGGUGUCCAAUUUUCUCCCUCCACAAAAAUGUACAGGAUAACUUUGCCUUUAACGACGAACUCCUCAGUCCUGGAGCAUGUGUGCAUCGCCAGACAUCAUGGAAGAGAGAUGACAGAUCAUGAAGAUGCAGAGGUGAUGUUAAAAACAUUGCCUGCCUCUUUAUGGUCCACAGGUCCAUUUGAUGUUGGUUCAUGCUCUGCCGUCCCUCCGGUGGAGAUUCAGGUAACUGCAGGAGCACAGGUGUUCAGACCACAGUACCGAUGGGUGCAGGAAGCAGAUGCAGGGAUGGAGGAAACUCUGACUGGGUUGUGGAACUCAGGUGUCAUUGAGCAUUCGCAUUCUUAG